AUGAGAAGAGCGACAUUCGUUACCGUUUCCGCUGGCGGCCUUCGCGCCUCUGCUGUGCCGCACUCCUCUGGCCUUCUCUUCCGCAGUUCCACCAGAUUUGUCCUCGCCACCUCCGCUCGCGCCGAUGCUCGAGUCUUUCCCCUCCGCUCCUACACCACCACUGCCGAGGAGUUCGUGGGCAAGCUGAUGGCGGACUUGAAGGAGGCGACGAUGGCCAAGGACAAGGUCAGGCUGGGCGUCAUCCGCCGCCUGCGCAGCGAGAUCAUGAACAAGGAGAAGCUCAACGUCGACGCCAAGCUCGAGUUUGGCGACUGCGUGAAGGUGGUGCAGCAGAUGGCCAAGCAGUGCGAGGACAGCGCCAAGGAGUUCGACAAGAUCAACCAGGCCGACACCGCCGCCAAGGAGCGCGAGGAGGCCCGACUGCUGCGCACCUACCUGCCCGCCCAGCUCAGCGAGGCCGAGGUGCAGCAGCUCGCCGAGGAGGCCGUCAAGGCCGUGGGCGCCACCACCAUCAAGGACAUGAAGAACGUCAUGGCCACGCUCGGCCCCAAGGUCCAGGGCAAGUCCGACCCCUCCCUCGUCGGCGAGAUCGUGCGGAAGCUCCUCGGCGGCAAGUAG